AUGGUGAAACACGGCGGCCGCGCUUUCGCGUGUGUCGCGAAGCUCCCACCAAUGUUGGCAGUGGCAUGCUACGGCUACGAAGGAUUUGUUUUCAACCGGAUUUUGCUGCCUUGGGCUGGCAACGGCACUCAAUCGCUUUUUGCCGCAGGCGCACUGACAUACAACCUUCUCUGGCUCCUGUCCUUCAUCAGCUUUCUACGAGGUUGCCUCACUGAUCCAGGCCUUUUAGAUUCAGAUUGGUGGAGGGGACGGGAUGACAGCUCACUGCGCAGCUCUUUGCGUCAAGACUGGGCUUUGCUACCAUGUCGCCACUGUGGUCCCCGACCGGAAAGGAGCCAUCAUUGCAAGAGUUGUGGUGGCUGCAUUUUGCGUAUGGACCAUCAUUGUCCAUGGAUGGAUAACUGUGUGGGCUUGAAGAACCACAAAUUCUUCCUGCAAUGCUGCUUCUAUGGCGCGGGUGCUGCAGCUGUUUUCCUGUGGCAUGCAGCGCCGGUGCGGGGAAAGAUCUUCGGGAUCCUUCUGCCACCCGUGCGCAUGCCUCGCCUUCUGGACAUGGAGGUGGAACAGCAGCAGCUGAUUCAUGAAGCAGGACUCCUUUCUAUUGCCUGUGGGUUAGCGGCCUCCUUUUGCGUGGCGUUGGGUGGGCUUUUCCUGAGCAACUUCUACGACACCUUGCGAAAUCGAACCAGCAUCGAGUCUCGCUUCGCAGGCAGAAAUCCAUACGACUUGGGAAUGCUCCGUGACCUGCGCAUGUCGGUGAAGGCACCUGUGGGGUCCACUCUGGUGGAUGUCGCCAAGGAGCAUGGUGUUGACAUUCAUGCUGCUUGUGGGCAGAAGCUUCAGUGUGCCACCUGCCACGUGAUUUUGGAGCAGCCGUUCUUCGAACGCCUUCAAGGUCCUGGUGUGCGAGAGGAAGACCUACUGGACUCCACCUUCACCCUCACUGACACUUCCCGAUUGGGAUGCCAGGUCCGCUUGACUGAAGAGUUGGAUGGCAUACAGUGCACCCUGCCAGAUAGCGGAGCCAAAGGAAAUGUACGAAUGACAUUGGAGAUGCCCCGGCCCAAAGUCCAAAUGCAGCUUCCGGGGGCUCCGGCUGUGGCACCUUCUGUGAAGCGAGGUGGAACCGCACAGCCCACUGUUGAAGAGCUGCUGAAACGCCAAGAAGCACUUUCAGCAAGGUUGGAGGCGCAUCUCCGUGAGAUCCAGGCCAAAGCUGCCAGGAAACCUGAAGAGACCAAUGCAUCCGACAACUCCGGCCAAUCUGCGGAAGAAGAGAAGGAAGACUUGUCCAAAUUGAAGGCUGAGCUGCAAAAGACGCGGGUGGAGACGGAGAAGCUGGGCCGCAAAGCCAGGUUUGAGGAUGUCAUCGGCUUGGCUGCAGCGAAAGAGGCCAUCAAAGAGGCUAUUCUUUGGCCUGCAAUGGCCAGGCGAGAACUUUUCUCUGGCGUUCGCAGUGGGCCAAAGGGAUUGCUACUCUACGGCCCUCCUGGCUGUGGAAAGACCAUGCUGGCAAGAGCUGCUGCAGUGGAGUUGGAGGGUGAUGCGAGUUUCUUCCACAUUCGCCCGGGCGAUGUCAUGUCCAAGUUCUACGGAGAAUCCCAGAAGAGAGUUCAGGCUUUGGAAGAGGUCGUGCAAGAAGCUGCACCCGCUGUGGUCUUUUUCGAUGAGGUGGACUCCCUUUUGGGAAGCCGUGAUGGCGGAGGUGUCGCUGAGGAUAUGCCGCGAGAC